CAGCUGCCCGCCGCGCAGUAAUAGCGACCCGCCAAGAACGCUCUCCGGCCGGGUGGAUACAUUAUACAGCCGGGAAGACUUCACACCAUCCGGCGGGUCGCUAGGACUCGUCGAUUUUAACCCACUUUAAGCGGCGGACUAUACUCUUUUCCCCCACCAAAAUGGAAGCGGACGGGUUUGUGUCCCGGAGAACCGCCAUGGAAACACCAGGCGUCGACAGCCGGGUUUCGAGCGCUGCAGCCGGGGCAGAGUUUCGAUGGAUGGGCAACAGACUGCUGGACGCCACGGGGGGAUUUGUCGGCUCUCUUUCACCGAGAAUGCCAGGGGAACCGGACUUUACCCCAGUUGUGCAUCGUGUGGAGACCUCCGUGGAGCCAGAAAUAGACUAUGAAGGGCUUCCUCAGGGAUCCGCCACCAGCACACACAUGCUGGCUGGAUCCGUGGCUGGAAUCAUGGAGCAUUGCCUUAUGUACCCCAUCGACUGUGUCAAGACCCGGAUGCAGAGCCUCCACCCGGAGCCCGGCGCUCGCUACCGGAACGUGAUGGACGGGCUGCGGCAGAUCGUGCGGACGGAGGGCGUGUGGCGGCCAAUCAGAGGCGUGAACGUGCUGGCCGUGGGGGCGGGGCCUGCGCACGCUCUCUACUUCGCCUGCUACGAGAAGAUCAAGCUCUCGCUCAGCGACGCCAUUCACCCCGGAGCCAACAGCCACUUCGCUAACGGAGCGGCGGGCUGCAUGGCGACCGUGCUGCACGACGCCAUCAUGAACCCAGCAGAAGUUGUGAAGCAGCGAAUGCAGAUGUUUAACUCUCCGUAUCGAGGCGUUCUUCACUGCAUGGGUUCCCUGUGGAGACACGACGGCCCGGCGGCUUUCUACCGCAGCUACACCACGCAGCUCACCAUGAACGUGCCCUUCCAGGCGCUUCACUUCAUGACGUACGAGUAUCUGCAGGAGCUCCUGAACCCCCACAGACAGUACAACCCUUCCUCUCACGUGGUGUCCGGAGCUCUCGCCGGAGCCAUCGCUGCCGCCGUCACCACACCUCUGGACGUCUGUAAAACCCUCCUCAACACGCAAGAAGCUCAGGCUAUCCACGUGAUAGAGGCGGAGGCAGCGACAGCAGCGGUGGGAGCGGCCGCUGGGAGUCGACAUAUCUCCGGUUUGACCGAGGCGUGUCGGACUGUGUACAGGAUGGGAGGCGUGCCGGCGUUUUUCAAAGGCGUCCAAGCGAGGAUUAUCUAUCAGAUGCCGUCUACCGCCAUCAGCUGGUCCGUCUACGAGUUCUUCAAAUACAUCAUCACCAAGCGGCAGCACGAGAGACGGCUGCGGGGAGACGGAGAUAAAUAAACAAGCAUCGGGAACAGCAGAGGGUCAUGGCACUGUACCGAUAAGGUUUAAACUUUGACUUUUAAAAAGCUCCAGAGUUUUAGAUUCGUCGAGCUCACUCCUAAUUUGUUUUCUGAGAUCUGUUCAGCGUGUUCAGACGCAAAGAAGCAGCUGGAACACUUCAUUAUUAGUGUGUGAAAUGUCCUUAAAACACCCAAUGGUUUAAAAGGGGUCUCCGAGUGGCACACAGGAAGUCCUGGGUUUCCCUGAACAAGCCCCAUUCACUUCUGAUGCUUUAACAACUUGACAAACUCAUUGUAUUGGCUUUCAAAAAGCUUAUUAUUCAUAAAAGGUAACGCACCGUAAUAGAAAAGCUGAAUUAGGACAUGUUUAAGUGCAUGUUUUGAUUCGUCCCUGAACUCAAGUGCAUUGGAUUUAAUCAAAACAAGUGCUGAUUUGAGCUUUGAUUGAAAGUGUUAACACUCACUUCAAAUGUAUUGUGUAGAAAUGAUAGCAUUUUUCCAACCAAAGGAUAAAAAGUGCAAAACAUCCUACACUGUAUGAGAGGUCAGCAUUUUAAACGUACAGUUACUACGAGUGUUUUUGGGUUCAGAGACGAAACAAAAGUUCUUCAUAAACGCUCUUAACUGCACACGUUGCACCUCUUGAAAGUAUGACACCAUAUUACCUUCUGACCACAAGGGGGCGCCCAACACCAGCGUUAUACAACUGAGAGGAAACAGGAAGUUCUAACAUCAGGAAUAUGAAAUGUGUUUGAAUAAGUGUGCUGGUGUACAAUAACAAGGAGCUAAAACAUAGGAAAGGCCGUGUAUUUGAAAGGAAACGAGGAAUCAUGAGAUUACUUAAGUGUGUGUGUGUGUGGAUGAAUGUGUGUGUUGCAGUGACUGGAAGUGGUGCUGCGACUCGGACCAUUUCACCUCAAAACUGUGUCAUAACAUUUUUAAGGUGGGUUUUAAAACGUGACUUUUAAGGUUUCUUUGAAUGAACACAUGACAUAUUUACAGCUUCGUGGUGUCAUCUGUAUCUCUGCACCGGGUGCUUUCAAAUCCACAUGUUUCUGCUGCAGAUUGUAUAUGCUGUACACACACACACACACACACACACACACACACACACACACACACAUACACACACACACACACACACACACACACACACGCUGGUACAAGUUUAAAUUAGAUUUUUGUUCUAAAACAACAUACCAGUUUUAUGGAAAAUGCUGCAUCCUAAAGUGUCCGUGCUUCUUUCAAAUUAAAACUCUUGCUUUAGGAAAUGUAAAAACUCAACAAACUUGAAGUUUCACGCUGGAAAGUGUUUGUAAACUCACUAAAAUGAAUGAAAAGUUGAAUUUAAUCACAUUUAUUUAACAUGUUCUACAUUAUUGUAUUAGGGUUGGUUGAAAGCAUUCAUAUUUGUUCAUUUAAAAGUAACAUUAUUGCUUCCAACUCACCUAAUAUAAUGUCUAAUUAAUGGCAAAACAAAUGUAAUGAAACGCUUUGGAAGAAGAUCAGUUUAAUCCUAAUUUGUUUUCUGAGAUCUGUUCAGCGUGUUCAGAAGCAAAGAAGCAGCUGGAACACUUCAUUAUUAGUGUGUGAAAUGUCCUUAAAACACCCAAUGGUUUAAAAGGGGUCUCCGAGUGGCACACAGGAAGUCCUGGGUUUCCCUGAACAAGCCCCAUUCACUUCUGAUGUUCAUUUCAAAGUAACAUUAUUGCUUUCCAACUCACCUAAUAUAAUGUCUAAUUAAUGGCAAAACAAAUGUAAUGAAACUCUUUGGAAGAAGAUCAGUUUAGUUUUAUGUUUUUUUUUAAACGCACAGCAUCCUAGCAAUUCAUAUUAUCGUCUUUAUGAUUUGUAAGGGACAACGAUAAGUUCUAAAAUAGAUAAUAAAGUAACAUGACUUGUACACAUGCCUUCAGUUAGCCGCCGUACAUCAACGCACAACUGACACAAAGAUAUCCUCAGAUAGAGAUGUGAUAUUGCGUUUUUAAGCCAUAAAGAGGAGGAAAUUGUACAUAAUAUAUAGCGUGUAUAUAUAUAUAUAUAUAUAUAUAUAUAUAUAAAAGUAUAUAUAAAUAUAGGCAAAUACAGAUAAACACAUACUAAGUUUUGAAUGCUGAAAAAUACAAAACUAAAAGGUUUUAGCUACAACAUUCUCGUAGGAAGCGACAGGAAGGAUGCCCCCCUAAGGUGCAACAAAGGAAACCCGGUUACUUUGAGUAAUAAGUAUUAAAAUAAGAUUGUGUUGUUGCUCAUGUGGAGUUUCCUGAUGGGGGAACCACAGACUGAGAGCACUAGAGAGGAACGCUGUCAGGUGACGACUAAUGUGAAACGCUGGAACUUGUUAAAGAUGACUCCUGUAUUUUGUGAACUGUAAAUAAACUCGCUCCGGCAGCUCCUCGCAGAAGCAGGGUCUUCUCUUGGUGCUGGUCUCCAAGCGUGAAGAAUCAA